CAAUGGAGUUUGGGGGACUUGAGCCGGGACAAGGCAUGAUGGGGGAACAGAUAUCAAGGGUGAUCGGCAGUAAAAACUCCUGCCAUCCAGUAGGAAGCAUCGUUAGAGUGUUUGCAGGAUGGCGUACCCACACACUUCUGUCAAAUGAUCUGGCAAAUCGGAUGACAACACAUAGGCCUAGGCUAGUUCGCAUGCCAGAACUUGGUGAUCUGCAUAUAUCUUUAGCCCUCGGUGCCAUGGGAUUAACAGGAAUGACGGCUUAUUUUGGUUUUCUGGUUAUUUGCCAGCCAAAAGAAGGAGACGUAGUGCUUGUUAAUGGUGCUGCCGGGGCAGUCGGUAGUCUUGUCGGACAAAUCGCCAAAAUAAAGGGUUGCAAAGUGGUGGGAUGUGCCGGAACUGACGACAAAUGCAAAUGGCUGAAGGAGUUAGGUUUUGAUGAGGUUUUUAACUACAAGAAGGUUGAUCUAUCCGAGGCUUUAAAAGCGGCCGCCCCAGAUGGUUUCGAUUGUUUUUUCGACAAUGUAGGAGCAGAUUUCGCCGCUACAGCACUGAAACACAUGAAGCAGUUCGGCCGAGUGUCCAUCUGUGGACAGAUAUCCUCGUACAACGACAAGCUGCCUCCAACAGGUGAAUACCCUUUCAUGCUUAUCCUUAGCAAACAGCUUAUGGUUGAGGGAUUCCUUGUGACCAGGUGGUAUCCAAGAUUUGCGCAUGGAGAAAGGGCAAUGGCACAGUGGAUCAAGGAGGGCAAAAUCAAGUACAAAGAGACGAUAUACGAAGGGUUUGAGAAUAUGCCUAAGGCCUUCGUCGGAUUGUUCGAUGGUGCCAACACCGGAAAAGCGAUAGUCUCAGCAUAACCUGAUGUCUUAUCGCUAAGAACUACCGUGAUGUCAUGGAACCAGAAACAUAACCACACAACACAUGAUAACAUUAAAAUAUUUAUAUCUACAUAUCAUACAUCGCUGAAUAAAAGCUUAUGUGAAAUUGCAACCUUUAGUAUAACAGAAUUACUUACAAUUGUGGUAAACAAUGACAAUAUAUACACAAAGAGGAGUAACAAAAUAGACCAAUUAUUAGGUAAUUGAUAAUAAAGAAUAGGUCCAUCUUAUAGCAUGUAAGACAGUACAUUUGAGGU